UGUGUAUUUAGAUUACCCCUCGUAAACAGUAGUUUAAAUGACCCGUUAACGUCAAAAGUGGGAGGUUAUGAAUGACGUGUGGAACGUCAACACAAACAAACUAGUGUUAUUAUUUUCCCAAAAAUGAACAUAUUCGAAGAAAAAAACUCGGAAAUAAAGAUAAAACUAGAAAAGGAGCAAGAGAAUUUGAAAUUGUUGCAAGAACGCCUUAACAAGAGUAAAGAAAUAACCAACGGUAUAGGCGGUAUACUUAAUUCGUUCGAGCAGAGAUUGUCGAGGUUAGAAGACACGAUUUUGCCGGUUUACAAUGAUACAGAACGGCUGCAGAAAGGCCAGCACAACAUUGAUCAAACGUUGAGGUUAUUGGACAACGUUAUUAGUUAUUAUGAGGUAUCCAGUGAAGUAGAAAAUGUUAUUGAGAAAGGACCUGGGGAAGGCGCAGUUGAUUUACAGACUUACUUGGAGUCAUUGAAACGACUUGCUAAUGCACAAAAAUAUUUUGAGAAAAAUAUAUCUCAAAGUGUUGAAUUGAUAAAUGUUUCAUCAUUUUUUCAUAAGGGUAAUGAUAAGUUAAACUGUGAAUUCAAAACGAUUCUUGAUAAAUAUAAUGCACCUUUAUUGCCAGUAGUUCUAUUGGAUUUAAUGAGUGAAGAUAUUUCAAGUAAAGAACAGAAACCUCUGCCAUCUCAAAUUCCCCAAAAUGCCAAAGAAAACCUGGUGAAAAUAGCGAAAUGGCUUCUUGAAAAUAAUCGGGACGAGUUUUUAACUGUGUAUGGUAAAGUUCGCGGUAGUUGCCUUCAAAAAUCCCUAACUUUACUAAGAAAUCACCAAAAAUCUGUUAGUGGAGGCAGUGUACAUGGAGUAAGCAGUUCUCCAAUGUUGAAGCCCAAGUUUCAAAAUAGACAUGAAGCUUCAAGGAAACCUUCAACAAGAAGGCUUCAAAAUGUUUUUGAGAGGAAAGCCAACAAAAUGUUUUUGAAAGCUUCACAGACACUGGAGCAUUCCACAGGGUUGAGUUUGGGGGCUAGAAGGGCUUCUCAUUUAGAUACAUCUGGUAAUGGAGAAGACUAUGACAAUGAGCAAGAAAUGGAAAAUUAUCUCGUUUGUGUUAUAGCGCUACACAAAUUAAUGCAAAUCGAACAAGCUCUUAUGAAAGACAUAAUUACUCCGGCACAUCAACCCAGAGUUUUCGAACUAAUUGUCCGGGAAGCAAUGGAUACAAUCGUCCAGGACGGCGAAAAUAUUGUAGCGAAAGCAAAAAAAUGCAUCCAACGUCACGAUUUCGGUACGGUUCUCGUAGUGUUUCCCAUAUUCAAACAAAUGACUUCCUUAAAACCGGAAUUCGAAAAAACCGUAGAACAGUGCGAUUUACACGUAAAACAGAAGUUUGAUUCUAUCCUCAAAAUGCUGCAAUCGACUGGUGUAAAAGCUUUGGAAGACUUUAUCGAAAGCUUGAGGUCGGAUUCCGUUACUCAAUUGCCGAGUGACGGAACCGUCCACGAGUUAACCAGCAACGUCAUAAUGUUCCUGGAACAACUUCUCGAUUACACCGACGUCAUCUGCAAAGUGCUUUCCGAGGAGCAAAACUACUCGAGAGCUUUGGACAAAAUGGUCAAAGGUUCCGACAAGGCCUUAUUGGGACUGUACAUAAAGAAGGUUUUGGUGCAGUUGAACCACGCUUUGGUCAGCAAAAGUGAGCAAUACAAUGACAACGCCCUAAAAGCUUUGUUCAGAUUGAAUAACAACAAUUAUGUGUUGAAGUCUUUGCAAAGAACGAAUUUGCUGGAGCUCUACCUAAUUUCUGAACCUAAAUGUGAAGAGUAUUAUUACAAAUCGAUUCAGGAUUAUAAAGAAGCAUACUCGCAGAGUUGGAAUAAACUUUUACACUACAUAAAUUGUGAUGACCCCAUUGUACAUGGGGACAAGUUAAAAGACAAGGAGAGAGGUGUAAUUAAAGAAAAGUUUGCUGGUUUUAAUAAAGAAAUAGAAGAAAUAUCCAAAGUUCAAAGGGGCUACUCUGUCCCAGACAUUGAGCUAAGGGAAAGUAUCAAAAGGGACAAUAAAGAAUUGAUUAUUCCAAAGUAUAACGCUUUCUUUAACAGGUUUUCCAUUCUCCAUUUCACCAAAAAUCCAGAAAAAUACAUAAAGCACAAACCAGAUGAAGUUUCUGCAGUUAUCGAUAGAUUUUUCGAUGUUGCUGCCUAAAAAUUUAAUAUUAUGUUUAUUUUAAUAUGCAUUAGAUUAUUAUUUAAAUAAAAACUGCACUAUUUAUUUACUAAUAAAAUAAUCUUAAAU